CACUCAAGUAAUUCUCUUCCACUGUAGUGAUCACAACACACGGUUCAGAAUAAUAAAGAACAAGAGACUUUGCUGAAUCGAAAUUUUUUUCAUUGUCGACAAUCUGUGAAUCAAAAUGGCAUUAUCUGUUCCAAAAGCGCCCGGCGUUGCCCAAAUGAUGAAAGAUGGUGCACGCAUGUUAAGUGGUUUGGAAGAAGCUGUAUACAGUAAUUUGACGGCAUGUAAAGAAUUUGCACAAACGGUGCGCACCGCAUACGGACCAAAUGGCAUGAAUAAAAUGAUAAUAAAUCAUUUGGAAAAGCAAUUUGUCACAUCGGAUGCGGGUACGAUAAUUCGUGAAUUGGAAGUUGAACAUCCAGCAGCAAAAUUACUUGUUUUGGCCAGUCAACAGCAGGAAGCUGAAAUCGGUGAUGGUACAAAUUUUGUGGUCAUUUUUGCCGGUGCAUUGUUAGAAGGUGCAGAGGAAUUGUUACGUUUGGGCGUUACCACAACCGAAAUUGCUGACGGUUAUGAAAAUGCAUUGAACAAAGCAACCGAAGAAUUGCAAUCGCUUGUCAUCGGCAACGUUGAUAAAGAUGAUGAAAAAAUCAAAGCUGUUAUACGAAGCACCGUUCAAUCGAAACAAUACGGUCAAGAAGAUUUCAUCACCGACCUCAUUUUUAAAGCCUGCCAAUCAGUAUGGAGCGGCGGAAACACAUUCAACGUUGAUAAUGUUCGUGUGUGUAAAAUUGCCGGCAGCAAUUUAAUGCGAUCAGAAGUUGUAAACGGCAUGGUGUUCAAGCGUUUUGUUGAGGGUGACAUUUCAUCGGCGAAAAAUGCAAAAAUUGCCAUUUAUUCAUGCCCCGUUGAUAUUCUACAGACGGAAACAAAAGGUACCGUUUUGAUAAAAACAGCCAAUGAAUUGAAAGAUUUUAGUCGCGGCGAAGAAAAUUUAUUGGAGCAACAAAUCAAAGCAAUUGCCGAUAGUGGUGCUAAAGUUGUCGUUGCUGGCGCAAAAUUCGGCGAUUUGGCAUUGCAUUAUUGCAAUAAAUUUGGUUUGAUGGCCGUGCGAUUGAAUUCAAAAUUCGAUUUGCGACGACUGAGUAAAGCUGUCAAUGCAACGGUUUUGCCACGUUUAUUACCGCCCACAGCCGAGGAACUUGGCUAUUGUGAUGCCGUAUUGGUUGAAGAAUUGGGCGAUACUGGUCUUGUUGCAUUCCGAAAUGAUGGCAAAGACGGCCGUAUUGCAACCAUUGUUGUACGCGGUGCUACCGAUAAUUUCAUGGACGAUAUCGAACGUGCAAUCGACGAUGGUGUCAACACUUUCAAAGCACUCACCAAGGAUGGAAGAUUUGUGCCAGGUGCUGGCUCCGUUGAAAUCCAAUUGGCAAAGAAAUUGUCCGCCUAUGCAGAUCUUUUACCAGGCCUAGAACAAUAUUCAGUGCGUAAAUUUGCUGCCGCGCUUGAAACAUUCCCGAAAGCGUUGGCUGACAAUAGCGGUGUCAACGGAUCGGAUAUCAUUAAUAAAUUGUAUUCGGAUCAUAAUAUGGGCCACUAUACGCAUGGUGUUGACAUUGAAUCGCAAGCACCAUCUACCAUUGAUAUCACGAAAAAUAAGAUUUUCGAUUUGUACAUCACAAAACAUUGGGGCCUUCAGUUUGCCGUUGAAGCGGCCGCCACAGUGUUACGGGUGAACCAGAUUAUAAUGGCCAAGAGAGCCGGCGGACCAAAACCGCGACAACCAGGCGCUCAAGAUCAAGACGACGAUUAAUCUUAAACAUACUAUUUUCUCUUUACGUUUCUAUCAUUCUUUUCACAAUUGCCGCAAUUAAGAUGGAAUUUUUGUUUUCUAUUCUUGAAUUUUUUUUUGUUUCCGAUCAAUAAAUGCAUUUGUUUCAUCCAUUAAGUUAUCAACAAAUCUCUCACCAAGACAACGACGACAACAAAAAGAAAACACACACAAACAACUACUUGUCUUCAUAGUCAUUUUAAUCCAUAAGCAACAAACAAACAACGUAAUUAAAAAAGAUGAGAAAUAUUCGAAUUAGAAACAAUUACAAACACACCAUCAAGAAUUAUAUUGUUCUAUCUAAAACUAACCAAAAUUAAAAUUAAAUUUAACACACGCUUUUUAAAGAAUCAAAUCAAAUGUUUGAAAAUUAAA